AAGAAGAUGCCCAAGGGAGCCAGAUUGUAGUUUUAAGAAGCACGAGUCUCUCAGCUCAUGUUACACCGUUUCUGCACACGAAUCAUCUAUUUCGAUGUAUUACUAGCUCGAUGCAACGAUUUGGUAUUGCAGGCUGCCGAAUAAAACUUUGCUUAGUCAUCAUUUCAAUCGCGCUCUAUGUACUUGGGGGCGGAGUUUUUAGAACGCCGAUCGCAUACGUUCGCACAGCUUAAACGCUGCAAGUCCCUUACAGUGUCCAUGUAUCUCGUAAGUUGGGGCCUCUGACGGGCAAUUGGAAUGAUGGUGGGCGAUGGAACACUUCUUGACCCGACUACAACGGCGGAGCGCGAGCAUCUGCGAUGGAUGCGGGAGGCAAUGCUCAUGGCCGAAGAAGCCUUAGCCGCCAGUGAAGUACCCGUCGGAUGUGUCUUCGUCCGGGAUGGAAAGAUCAUCGCUCGGGCGCGCAAUAGGACCAACGAGCUUCAUAAUGCGACGCGCCACGCGGAGCUCGAAGCAAUAGAUGAAAUCCUUGCCAACAAGGAACUGACGCCCGCCACCAGGGAAUAUCCGCUGUCGGAGACAACGCUCUACGUGACUGUUGAGCCGUGCAUAAUGUGCGCGUCCGCACUGCGCCAGAUGGGCAUCAAGGAGGUCUUCUACGGUUGCGAUAAUGACCGCUUCGGCGGCUGCGGCAGCGUUUUGGGGGUGAACAGCCAGCUGCCCCAUCCGAAACAUCCUUCAUACAAGGCUACCAGUGGUUAUCUACGCGAAGAAGCCAUCAUGGUGCUCCGCCGAUUUUAUAUCACCGAAAACGUGAAUGCCCCGGUACCGAAGUCGAAGGCAAAUCGCAUUCUCAAGACCGAAAUCCCCUCUCGAUCGUCCUCGCGCCAGGGCAGCUGAUUGGCCUGAUCGUGCGACACACGUACAGACACCAGAAUCCACGUUGCGCACUCGGUCUUCCCGGAUCGAUCUGGCGGUGACAUUGCGCGUGCUGUUACAGCGCUUUUUGGACGCCAGAUGCUGCGAUAUUCCCUAGGGCCUCGACUUCAUCGGACUCGCGUUUGGCAGCAUCCUUAAACAAGUGGUUCCGACUCGUCAAUCAAAGGCUAUCGAGUCCUCCAUUAGAUAGCACGAUAA